UUUUCUGGUGUUUUGUUAUUCAGUUUGUGAGUUUGAGAUGGGAGGACCUGAAGGAAUUGUGGAAUCUGUACAAAUUGUUAAAGAAGGAAAAGCUUCUGAAACUGAAGCAGUAGACUGUAAAUGGUACAUCCGAGCACCACCCCGAUCCAAGAUCUACUUGCGAUUCUUGGACUACGAGAUGCAGAAUUCCAACGAAUGCAAAAGGAAUUUUGUAGCAGUCUAUGACGGAAGCAGCUCCGUGGAGGAUUUGAAGGCAAAGUUCUGCAGCACUGUUGCUAAUGAUGUCAUGCUGAGGACAGGUCUGGGUGUAAUCCGCAUGUGGGCAGAUGAAGGCAGUCGAAACAGCCGAUUCCAGAUGCUCUUCACAUCCUUCCAAGAACCCCCUUGUGAAGCCAACACAUUCUUUUGCCACAGUAAUAUGUGUAUAAAUAAUACACUGGUCUGCAAUGGGCUCCAGAAUUGUGUGUAUCCCUGGGAUGAAAACCACUGCAAAGAAAAAAGAAAAGCAAACCUAUUGGACCAACUUACCAAUACCAGUGGGACUAUAAUUGGGGUGACUUCUUGCAUUGUGAUCAUCCUCAUUGUUAUCUCUAUUAUAGUACAGAUCAAGCAGCCUCGUAAAAAAUUUGUCCAAAGGAAAACAGACUUUGAUCAAACAGUGUUCCAGGAGGUAUUUGAGCCUCCUCAUUAUGAGUUAUGCACCCUUAGAGGGACAGGGACUACAGCUGACCUUGCUGACGUUGCAGAUGACUUUGAAAAUUAUCAUAAACUGCGGAGAUCCUCUUCAAAAUGCAUUCAUGACCAUCACUGUGGAUCACAAGUGUCUAGUAUUAAGGGCAGCCGUAGUAACCUCAGCACAAGAGAUGCUUCUGUCUUGACAGAAAUACAACCCCAGCCUGUAAAACCACUUGUUCAGCCCAUGAACAGGAGAAAUAUCCUUGUCAUGAAGCAUAGCUACUCACAAGAUGCUGCAGAUGCGUGCGAGAUAGACGAAAUCGAAGAGGUGCCAACCACAAGUCACAGGCUGUCCAGACAUGAUAAAGCUGUUCAGCGGUUCUGCCUCAUUGGGUCUCUAAGCAAACAUGAAUCUGAGUACAACACAACUAGGGUCUAAGAGAAAAACCUGAGACUGCUUGARAAUAGUGCGCUCCUGGGUGAUUUUGAACAUGCUACAAUGAAAUAUGAAACUAUCGUCCUUGGAAACACCAGCUAGAGGUUUUAUGGACUCUCUGACCAGCUAUGCUCUUAUCAUGAACAAAAUUCAGCAGUGUCGAGUAAAAUUACUAGAAGGCAAUAAGACUUUGGUUAUUAUGCUUAUCAGUCAUUUCUCUUUUUCUUUUUCUCUCUUCUUUUUGUUGCAAGUAAAAUUCCCAAUUUCAGGAACAAUUUAUUGAAAUCAGGUAUUUAGCCAUUCAUAACCACUUSAAUAGAAACGUUUGUUGGAUACGCAUCUAGCAAUAUGACUGAAUUUGACAUUGAGAAAUUAAUCUGCAUGUAUGUUACUGAAUAUUUGAGUUGGCAAAAAUCCCUUUAUUAGAUACAUUGUAAAAAGCAUGCAUUCACAGUUAUUGCUGUUACUGUUCCAUUUCUGUGUCAUAUGCUUGCUACUUGUAACUUUUUAUAUAAAAAUACAUAAAACAAUGUAUAAUAAUUUCGUACCUUGAGUUUAAUGCAAUGUUUUCUUUUACCUAAUUUACCAAUCCUGUGUAAGUCAGGAGAUUAAACUCAAAAUGUAGCUCCUAGGAACUUGAAGCACAGAUAUAGCAGAGAAUCAACUGCCUUUUCACCCCUCACUGAAAAGCAGAAUACAUUAUAUUUUUAAGAUUUAAAGGAAUUCAUAAUAGGUUGAUCACUUAAUUUAAUUUAAAAGAUUUGUGAUAAACCGUGUUUGCAGUUUGAUACUCUUAAAUAAUUUAUUUCCAUGGGAAGUAUUAGGAAGUUUUCUUCAGUAUGGUAGAGUUGCAGAUUGUUACCAGUUACACAAAUCUUAUGCUUGGGCUCCAGUUUUAGAAAUACAGACAUAAGCCACUUCUUUAAGCAAGAUAAAAUUAUAUCUCUAAUUCAAGCUGUAAGUAUUAGUAAUCAGCACCAAAAUCAAACCUGAAAGGUUAUGUUAUUAAGGAAUUAUUAUAUAUUGAAGAGCCACUAUUGUGUGAAGGUGAAAGUCCUCUCAUCUAAGAAUUCCAAAACCAUGGAUAAAAUCACAGUUUCACUAUCUAUUUAAAGUCUAUCUUCCAAAWUCUGUUUCAAAACAAAUCCCAUCAUAUUCUUAAACAUCAUGUAUCAUUCAUAGUUGUUAGGUUUUUCUGCAUCAAAUGUUGUUAGAUU